UUAGGAACCCCAAACAAAUGAGAUAAAUGUUACCGGCCGCAAAUAAACCAACUUCUCAACGGUCGUAGCCAUCCCAUCAAAGCCGUAUCACCCCCCAUUUCCAAAUUCCACUACCUCCUCUCUAUCCCUCCUUCUUUUUCUUCUUUAUCCCACUUUCUCUCUCUCCCUCUCUCUCCCUCUCUCUACAAGCACGAGCACCGAAAGAAAGAAAGAAAGAAAAAAACAAAUUACCCCACUCACAACUCACAGUUAAGAUUAAGCAAUAUAAUUAAUAUUCUAAAUACCCAGUACUAAUUACCCUAUGAAUGAAAAGACACGAGUGUUUGAUAGCUGUUUCUUGGGUUUGCUUCUGUCUCGCUUCCAUAGCCGCGGGCCCAAACUAUGAGGGGACCCAAGGGUCUUGGUCGUAAGAGGAGAUCAUCACCCCGCGACGUCGUUUCUUGGAGCACGCUCUUCUGGUGCACCCUCUUCGUCGUCAUCAACUGCGCCCUCUUCUCUGGCUUCAGCUUCUACGCUUUCCGCUUCCUCUUCGGAAAAACGUUUCAACCAGUCCUGGUGCUAACAUGGCCAGCUCCAUCCAACAAACCCAUCUCCCCCAUCACCAUUUCAGUUCGAGAAGUCGUUAUGUUUCCAGAUCAGGCGCUCGUUUUCCUAAAUCAUUACCCUCGUACCGCUCAUGUAUUUACCAAAGACGACCUCCACUGCGUUUACUUCUCAGCCAACGACUCCUCGCGGUCCCAGCCUCGCUUCAAUCAGCCUCCCAUCGACAUAGAUGGCGGGGAUUUUCAUAAUCAGAUCGUCCGGUGCCCGCUCCCGCCACGUCGCCUCACCUUGUCGGUAGGCUUGAAACACAACGACGACGUUCCGGUGGUGCCCUCGUACAGCUGGGACUGGCUCGCCUACGACGCCCUCGUCGACCGCGACAACACCACGAUCGUGUUCGUCAAAGGUCUCAACCUUCGGCGCGAAAGAAUUUCCAACACAGCAAAAUUCGAGUGCGUCUACGGCUGGGAUUUCAGAACGACGAGGUUUCUAUUGAGAUCGGACGUCGUAUCGAUCGCCCAGGAGAUCGUACGGUGCAAAACCCCACUGAGUGUGCUAAGUUUCCCGCGCGGGCCCAACAAUACCGUGAAGGUCUCCGUCAGAGUGAAAGGCGGUGGAGCAAAGGGAAUAUUAGACACCAUAGCCCGCCCCGCGAUCCGACCCGGACUCGCCAACCCGACCCAUCGGAAGGAGCACGAGAUGUGCUUGUGCUCGAUGGUGCGGAAUCAGGGUCGGUUCUUGAAGGAGUGGGUCAUGUACCACGCCCAAAUGGGGGUGCAGCGUUGGUUCCUGUACGACAACAAUAGCGACGACGACAGUGAUGUCGUAAUUGAGUGGCUACGGAGAGCGAAUUACAAUGUGACGAGACACGCGUGGCCUUGGCUCAAGACCCAGGAGGCCGGGUUCGCCCAUUGCGCGUUACGGGCCCGCGAGACGUGCCAAUGGGUUGGGUUCAUAGACGUAGACGAGUUCUUCCAUUUGCCUUCGGGCCUAUUGCUGCCCGACGUGCUGCGCAAUCAGUCCAAUUAUGACUAUGUCGGCGAGAUCCGGGCCUCGUGCUACAGUUUUGGGCCUUCGGGCCUCAGACGAGUUCCUGUGCAAGGCGUCACGGUCGGGUACACGUGUCGGUUGGCUGCCCCCGAGAGGCACAAGAGUAUUGUUAGGCCGGAGGCAUUGAACUCAACAUUGAUCAAUGUGGUGCACCAUUUUCAUCUUAGGAACGGGUAUGAGCCUGUGAAUGUGGAUAAGGGAGUGUUGGUUAUAAAUCACUACAAGUACCAAGUGUGGGAGGUGUUUAAGGAGAAAUUUUACAGGAGAGUGGCGACUUACGUGGCAGAUUGGCAGGAGGAACAAAAUGUGGGGUCUAAGGAUCGGGCCCCGGGAUUGGGGACGAGAGCGGUGGAGCCACGAGAUUGGUCACAUAGAUUUUGUGAGGUUAGGGACAGUGGGCUUAGAGAUCGGGUGCUGCAGAGUUUUGUUGAUCCGCAGAGCCAUCUAUUGCCAUGGCAAGAGGAGGGUGGUGAUGGAGUGGUACAAGUGCAAAAACAGCAAAAGGUUAUUAAGAGAAGUGUGAUGAUGAUGAGAAAGAUAAGAGCAAGGAGAAAGCAUAGAGUUUUCUUAUGAGUUUUGUUAGAGAAAUGGCGGUAAUUUCUUAGGUGGGUUAGUUUGUUUCUCCAUUUAUUACUUUGUACAGAGGAUUAAUCACACGAUUUAGGGCAUAGUGUGUGCCAUAUUGUAUAUGCAUCUCCACAUAUAUUUUUUUUGUUUUUGUUUUUUGUUUUGGAAAAUAUUGCUGACUAUACUCUUGUGUCCA